UGAUAUUGCCAAACAGUAGAACGUCGAACAUUUGUUCACGUUACAUUAUAACGUACGAAAUAUCUUAUAAAAAACAUCGAUAACUGGCUGCCGUUGGUUAGGCAAAUUUUAACAAAAUGUUGUUUUUUAUGUUGCUGAUUGCUGCAAUGCCGAUAUUUAUCGCGAAUCAAGAACCACCUCUCCCACUACCUCUUCCAAUACCUUUGGGUCAGACCAGUCCAAUGUUACGUGCAAUUCAAUGGGGAGUCCAUGCUGAUGAUCAAUUCAAUGAAGAGGAAAGUGAAAUUGCAUCCCGUCUAAUGAGUUACCAACCUACACUACUCGAAGAAUGCAUGGGAAACUGCCCUCUAGCAGCUGCUUACGAUCCUGUUUGUGGUACAGACGGAGUUACUUAUGGUAAUUCAGGAAUACUAUCGUGCGCACAAUCUUGUGGGAAGGAUUUAACAAUGAAACAUCCUGGAAUGUGUCAAGAAAGUGCAACAGAAUAAUAUAUGGUUUUCAUUGAAAUGCAAUUUGUCAUAACAAAUGUUUUAAUAAAAAUUGACAAAUGUAAGAAAAAUAAACAUAUUAAACAGUC